AUGACCAUUCAUUAUCUCCGCGAAGGCUCCGCCUUAUUUCAGCCCCUGUCGAUUGCCAAUGGCGGCAUCACCCUCAGCCACCGCAUUGUUCAUGCGCCUCUGACCCGUAACCGUGGAGUGCCAGAGAAGUCUAUUAGCACUCCCGAAGUCCCCAAUCGAGUUUGGAUCCCUGGUGAUUUGGUGGUUGAGUACUAUUCUCAGCGUGCCACCGAUGGAGGCUUGAUGAUUUCCGAAGGUAUCCCACCUUCUUUAGAGAGCAAUGGCAUGCCUGGUGUCCCGGGACUAUUCACCCCCGAACAGAUCGCCGGAUGGAAGAGAGUCGUCGAUGCCGUCCAUGCAAAGGGCGCUGUCAUUUACUGCCAGCUCUGGCACGCCGGUCGAGCCACGAUCCCCCAGAUGACUGGAUCGCCGUCCGUGUGUCCAUCGGCAAGCGUGUGGGACUCACCCACUGAGUGCUAUUCCCAUCCCCCUGUCGGAUCCACCGAGUACUUUUCGGUCCCAUACGCGGAUCACCCACCUAUCGAAUUGUCGGUUGCGCAUUUGAAGCGAACCAUUCAAGAUUAUUGCCAGGCUGCAAAGGCCGCCAUGGAUUUAGGGUUUGAUGGCGUGGAACUCCAUUGUGGCAAUGGUUAUCUUCCCGAGCAAUUCUUGAGCUCCAAUAUCAACAAGCGCACGGACGCUUAUGGUGGAUCGCCUGAAAAACGGUGCCAGUUUGUCUUUGAGUUAAUGGACGAAGUCGCCAAGACUAUUGGUGAUCAUAACUUGGCAAUUCGACUUUCGCCUUUUGGUCUAUUCAAUCAGGCGCGUGGGGAGCAACGAGUUGAGACUUGGACUCAUCUGUGUGAGGGUUUGAAGAAGAACCACCCAACUCUAUCUUACGUUAGCUUCAUUGAACCGCGGUACGAACAAAUCUUUAGCGAAGGUGAGAAAGAUGAUUUUCUUCAAAGCUGGGGCUUGAAGGAUGUUACUCUGGAUCGUUUCAGAAAGAUCUUUGGUGAAACCCCCUUCUUUUCAGCUGGAGGCUUUGAUGACCAAAACUCUUGGGGUGUUUUGGAAUCAGGUAAAUAUGAUGCUCUCCUUUACGGUCGUUACUUUAUCAGUAACCCAGAUCUGGUGGAGCGGUUGAGGAAGGGCCUCCCCCUGGCUCCGUACGACCGGACCCGUUUCUAUGGGCCCUUUGAAGACAAUGAGUUCCACUACACGGACUAUCCGAGUGCUGGGCAAUCCAAGGCUUAG